AAGGAGGGAGGGGUGAGGGCCAAGAAGGGAGGACCAAAGGGGGGAGAUUGAAACAGCAUAUGUGGGCAGCAUAUGUGGGAUCCUGAAGCCUCUUCGGAUCCAUGAGUAUAGAAAGAGGCGAGUCUGCAUACUUCAUUAGGAGAGCGCACGCAGAGCGUGUGUUCUCCUGACAAUAUCCUAAAAUGCAUUCCAUAUUCUGGUUCAUUUGCGCAUGUUUCCAAAAUCUUACACCGUGGUCACUUGUGGCUAGUUCCUAGCGGCAAAUAGUCCUCUGGUGACGUAAAUCACACAACGCAUAUUAACACUGAAACAUUAACCCCAUCCCAGGAGGAAUGUCUUUAGCUAUCCUUAUCUUUGUCGCCUGCUACAGUUUCGGAGGGCUCAGCCUCAGACAUUGAGAACUGCCAUGUCUGGUUAUGAGUUAUCUGUGCAGGUUCUAAAUGAUCUGCUUGCAGAAGAAGAUGGCAGUUAUCGAUUUCCUUCUGAACAUUUCAACGAGGUCUUCCCAAGAAUUUACGUGGGUGAUGCGUAUAUCGUACAAAAUGUCAUUAGAUUGAAUCGUCUUGGCAUUACGCAUAUUAUCAAUGCUGCUGAAGGGAAUUCUUUAAUGCAUGUGAAUACAAAUGCAGCCUUCUACAGUGGAACAGGCAUUGCCUAUCUUGGAAUUAAAGCCAACGAUACACCACAUUUUGAUCUCAGUUUUCAUUUUGAGGAAGCUUCUGAUUUUAUCAGCCAAGCACUUUCACAAAAAAAUGGUCGUGUGUUUGUACAUUGCCGGGAAGGCUACAGCCGUUCUCCAACUCUGGUGGUAGCUUAUCUUAUGCAGUGUCAAAGAAUGGAUGUAAAAACUGCACUUGCUACAGUCCAACAGAAGAGAGAUAUUGGACCUAAUAAUGGUUUUCUAAAGCAGUUAUGCCAGCUUAAUGAAAAACUAGAUAGAGAGCCUAAAGUCAAAUAUUAAUUAUACCCUUAACCAACAUUACAAUAUUUACGUAAGUAUUCUGGAAAAUAUGUCAGAUUGUAAAUUGUAGUGGGCAGGGCCUUUUUUACCUCUUGUAUAGGUCAAUAUUUGAAUGUAAUCUGAAUUUCUGAUAUAUCUAUUGUACAGCUCUGCAAUGUUGGGACUCAUAUAUGUAUAUAAUACACAAAAGCCAUGAAUAUCUUGUAAAUUAUAUCCUUAUAAACGGUGAGUUCUGAUGUCAUCAGUUAUAAACGGUGAGUU